AUGCAUUUAACAAGACCUAAAUCCUCCAAAGGGCGAAGCAGACCCGCUGUCAACACCUCUCUGUAUGAAGGUGGCACAGACAGGCCACCUGAGUCUGGAUUAAGCAGGCCUGAUAAAACCCUGCGCUCCCAGUCUCAGCCCAUAAUGUGGCAGGCCGGCCAGCUGAGCCAAGAUCAAGUCCUGCAGAUGUUGCAACAAGCCCCUGCUGCCCCUCCUCAGUCCUUAAACAAGUACAAGGUGCUCCCAUCCAUCGAGGGGAGGAGGUCAGAGGUGAGUCCUGCUAGAAGUCUGGAUAAACAGAUGUCAAAGCUGCACCUGUGUGAUGAUGCUCUCCUGCAGCAGAGGCAGAGGUACGAGGAGCCAGAUCUCCCCUCAGCCAUGGUUGUGACCCACAGUAGUUUGCUGUUAGCCAUCAGGGCCCCUUGUGGGAGGAGGUAUCAACAGCACUUUGACCCCUCAGACGCUCUGUGGAAGGUGAGAGCCAGCGCAGAGGCCAGGUACGGGACCAGGUACGGAGAGGUUUCCGUUGAGACCAUGGACGUGCCACGCAGAACCUUCACAGACAUGGAUAUGACUUUGGCCCAGUGUGGCAUCGUGAACAGAUCCGUGCUGUGCGUCUCUCAGACUGACAGUGAGGUGGAGCAGGAGAGAGCCUGA